ACUUCCGGUUUCCUUCGUUCUGCUUCCGUGUUCACGGCUUUCCGGCUUGGACUUCGUUAAUUCCCUCACAGCCACUUGGGGAGUCUUGAGGCGAGAGACGUUGGGAGGGCGCUGGCGGGGCCGACACGGGCCUCCCCUUCAGUGUAAGAAAGAAGCGUUGGGGUUAAGAAUUGGAAAGGCUUAAGCUGGUACAAGGAUGAAGCUGUAUAGCUUAAGUGUACUUUACAAAGGAGAUCCCAAAGUGCAUUUACUGAAAGCUGCCUAUGAUGUGUCCACAUUUAGUUUUUUCCAGAGAUCCAGUGUUCAGGAAUUCAUGACCUUCACAAGUCAACUGAUAGUAGAGCGUUCAGACCUAGGCAACAGAGCUUCUGUAAAGGAACAAGAGUAUCUCUGUCAUGUUUAUGUACGGAAUGAUGGGUUGGCUGGAGUUGUGAUUGCAGACAAUGAGUACCCACCACGGGUCUGCUUCACCUUGUUGGAUAAGGUCCUAGAUGAAUUUGCCAGGCAAGUUAACAGAAUAGACUGGCCUUCUGGAUCCCCAUCGACGAUCAACUACACAGCACUGGACGGUUACCUUAGUAAAUACCAGAAUCCUCGUGAUGCCGACCCAAUGACAAAAGUACAAGCAGAGCUAGACGAGACCAAAAUCAUCUUGCACAAUACCAUGGAGUCUUUGUUGGACCGAGGAGAGAAACUGGAUGAUUUGGUGUCCAAAUCGGAGGUCCUUGGAACUCAGUCAAAAGCCUUCUACAAAACCGCGCGAAAGCAGAACUCGUGCUGUGAAAUCAUGUGACCCCGUCAGCUGUGCCCCACCUUCUGCUCUGGACUAUCAGGCCUUCAAUCACAUUCAGCACUCCGGAGAAAAGGCGGCAAGAAGAUGUAUCCCAGGACUACCUACAGUGGCAAUCUGUGUUUCCAGAGACAGCAGCUAGGCUGGAUGCCAGGAAUGGGACACAGUGUUGUGGUUUAUGGACUUUAAACAAUCUUUUAUUCCCCCCUUGGAAAGAAGGCAUUCUGGACUCCCAGAUGCCUGUGUCAUGGGAGUGAGCAUAAUUGUAUUUCCCCCACUGGGCUGAAGAGGUAGUGAUGGUUCCAGCAGUCUGGUUGAUAGUCACUAUAGGACUGUGGGGGUUUCCUUUGCCCUGCUUCUUUCUGAAACCUGCAGUCAGUUGUGGACUUGUUCUGUAUUGAUCACUGUUUGCUCAUGUAACACUAGAAACGGUCUGAAGGUUGCAAACUGGUCCUGAAUCUCGAGUUUCAGGUCUCUAUGCGACAUCUGGUAACAAGGAGUUUCUCUUUGGGCUAAAAUGACCUGUGGUAGUUAAGGAAGGAAGGCAGAAACCUUGUCAAUCUGUCACCCGCCAGAGUCACUUUGAGAUCCUCUGUUGACUUGACAUACUGGGAUAAGAGGUCUGGGGGGAGCCCUGAGAACUGGUGCUGCUUUAUUAAAUUAUCAGAGGCACUCCAUGGGGGGUGGGGGAAAGGGUCUCUUGGAUGAACUGGGACUUGUGAAAUGGUUUGAAAUUCUUAUUUAGCUGAAGAUGGGCAGCUUUUCCUGUGUUAGGAUUGUAUUUGCCAAUCUGACAAACAGCCAUUGGUUGAUGGGUUUUCACAACUGACUCUGUGGCCGUUUGUCCAGGACAGGAUUUUAUUGGAGAAGGCAGGAAGUUUGGCAGCUCCGCCUCUGAGCUGAUUUGGGGAGGGCUUAUUUGUGGGUUCUAGUCAGUGGCUUUUGUUGCUUUUGUUGUGCAACCCGGUUAUCCUCCUGUACCAGCACUCGGUGCCAUGGCUACUGUUUGGCAGUGCCUUUGCCAUAGUAUUGACUCGUAGCCGUUUGUCAGUGGCGUUUGUGCUGAAAUCCAGAAGCAUCAUAUGCUGCUACCAGUUAAGAGGUGUUCCAGCAUUCUGUGAUGUUUGACCCGGCUGAGUGACCGAAGUUGUAUGACUUGAUGUUGUCUUGUGAUGUUUUUGGCUAGCCCUACAUGCCUCCUUUCUGGAGAGUUUGUCCCUGCCUGCUAGUCUUGUGUAAGUACUAGAUGUUGUUGAUGUUAGUAUUCUGUGAGUGAUGCCUGAGUUUUGAGGUCCACUCUGUCGCGGGAGGCAGGGAUACUUUCCGCAGUUGCGGUUUCCCCCCCUCUGAUUUAACCUCUCCACAUUGCAGCAACGUUAGAUGGGAACAUGUCUGUGCACAUGCAUGCGCACCAAGAUGAAAUACAGUAUUUAAAGUAGAUUUGUGCCUGGCAAGGGAACUGAUGAAACCGAAACAGUAGUAAGCAGGGUUGCAUUGUUGUUAAGUCAGUGGGAUUGUGGGUGAAUCAGCACACGACUCUCCCAUCAGACAAGAUAUUCCCUUAACCCCCCUUCAUCUGGUAGUUACGAUUGUCAUUGGAAAGAGGGAGAGGGGAAGUUUCCUUGUGCCAUUCUACAAAAUGUUGAACUUAAAUGUCAACAACAGAUGCAGUCUAUUUGGGCAAAGUAGAGGCUUACUGGUUGAAUUCCUGACCUUUGUUAUUUCUUCAUGUUUAAAGAAGUAUGGUUAUUCUUUGCUUUUGUGUUCUGUUUUGCCUUCAAUUCAUACAACUAACCAGCAGUUACCAAAUUUCAAACCUUAUUAUUUAAUCACCUGCUGAUAAAAACAUAACAUUGAGCCCAGAGCUCUACAGGAACGAAGCAGGCCAAUUGAGCAACCUGGAGCAUUAAUAAGUUUCUAUCUUUGAUGGCCUGUGUGGAGUGGAGAGUCACGGGACUUUGAUAGCUUGGCUGCAUUUAUGUGCUCUCUGGCAGUUCUCCUUGGGGAAAGGGGUUGGGCUAAAAGAUGCACCAAAGGUAGUCUUUGCUUGAAUUGGCACUUAAGGUUGUAUGGGUAGAAGCAGUACAACACCUCUCUUGGUGCCAGUGUUCAAAUGCCUUAAUUUUUCUUUCUCCCAUCUCUGCUUUAGAUCUAGGCCUAGAGUGGUUGUGUUUCUGUAAAGCCAUCUUCUGUUGCAGUCAGUUUUUCUGUAAAGCCAUCUUCUGGGCUACUGCUGUGGCUUCAAUCCUAACAAGACAGGGGUGGGUUGCCGCAAGUUCUGUGUUGCUGGUUCCUUCAGAAGAAAGCUGUUCUUCCCACUCAGCAUUCUUUGAAUGAAAACUGGACUCCAGAGACUUGCCCAGAGAAGUAGAAGGCCAGACUGUUUUAGUUACAGUUUUCUGCCCAUUAUGUUAAUCUGUUCAUAUCUAACCCUAUCUUCUGUCUAAUGGGGAAGCUUUUACUUAAAGUCUGUAUUUUAAUAAAUAUUGGCUAACUUUU